UUUUCUCUUCUUCUCCAAGAAAACUGCUUCACAUCCAUUCCCAACUCUCUUUCUCUCUAAUUGCUUCUGCGUGACCCCUUGCUUUCUUUCUCGCCACGUUUUCUCUUUCUCUCGGUUUUACCCACAUGUAUAAUCCAACUUCAUUUCUUCUUUCCUUUUAUGGUGUACAUAUAACCUCCAAACACAUCCCCUAUUCAUUUAUUUGAUUGGUUUCGUUUCACGUCCCGUCUUAAUUCUGUAGAUAUACAUCCAACUUGGGCUUCUGUUCUUGGUUGUUUGAUUGGUUAUAGCAUUCUGUGCUUCUCUUACAGUUUGCGCGGUUUUAUUGUACCGUUUUGUGUUUCGACAAUAUGUUGCUUGAAAUCUGUCACAAUGGGUCCAGUCCACGGUUGAAAGUUGAUGAGAUUGGAACUUCAGCUUCGAACGAAUCCGUUAAGCAAGAGGCAAGCGAUGAAUCAGAUCAUAUGAGGGUCGAGAAUUCGGUCUGGGAGACCUCGAGCAACGAGGGAUCAACGGUUUCAGAUUGCGAGAGUGCUGUUUCUGGUAGCACUUAUGUGCGGCACCAGAUGUUCGAUGAAGGUUUUCUUAGACUCGUUGAAGGAGAGAGGGCUCAUGAUCUCAUUCGCAGAAGAUUCAUUCUGGGUUUGGGGACGCUUGGGGCGAAAACGGAGGUCGUUGCAAUCCAUAGAAAUGCUUGUUCUAGCGUUACGGCGCGAGCUCGAAUUCAAUCAUUUGAGGUUUAUAUGCGAGCUGAGGAAAAGCGUCGUGGUAAUGCCAAUGUGAAGUAUGCAUGGUAUGGGACUUCUGGCAAGGAAGAGGUACGAGAGAUUAUUUCCCAUGGUUUUUGUAAUGGCGGUAAAACUCAGAAUAAUGGACAUUUUGGUUGCGGAUUAUCUCUCUCUUCAGAUGAUUCUCCUAUGGAAAGUUUGAAAAGCUCUAAUGUUGACAAAGACGGUCUAAGGCACUCAUUACUAUGUCGCGUUAUUUUGGGGAGGCAGGAGCUUGUGCAUCCUGGUUCUGAGCAAUGCCAUCCUAGUUCUGACGAAUAUGAUUCAGGGGUGGACAGUCUUUCAGCUCCUAAGAAGUAUAUCAUUGGGUGUACCCGGAUGAAUUCUCAUAUUUUUCCGGAAUACGUUAUAAGUUUCAAGGUUCCUGGCAUGAAAGGGCUAACGAAGUUUGAAGAAACUUUAAAAACGCCAUCUUCCCCUUGGAUGCCAUUUCCAAGUCUAAUUUCUGUGCUCUCGAAGUUCUUGCCUCCAUCUACUAUUGCCUUGAUCUCCAAAUUCCACAAAGAUCACACAGAAAAGAAGAUUUCACGGCGUGAACUCAUACAAAAAGUAAGACAAAUAGCAGGAGACGAGUUGUUGAUUUCAGUCAUCAAAUCUUUCAGAGCAAGAUUAAAAUUACAUGACAAGUGCUGGUGCUCUACAUCUUGCAAUCUAUUUCAUGCUAUGAACUUAUAUCACACCGGAGUUGACAUGAUGCUCACUGACUCGGAAUCACUAAUAGAGAGAAGACACAAUCCGCUCGAGGGGUCACUGGUCACUGACUUGUUAACCGAUCUUCACCGUACGGCCUGGUUGAGGAGCAGCGUGACUCUUGAGGAUUUGAUAAAUGGUGAAUUUUUUCAGGUUCAGAUGAGGUCUUCUUCUGACAAGACCUCAUCUGCUGUAAAAGCCACAGAUUCGGCCCAUUGCUCACCAAGUUUCCUGUGUGCCUGUCUGACGACGCUAGCAAAUCCUUCCAAUGAUCAAACCAUUGUAACUGUAGGAAACAGUUUUGAUCUAGCAAUGGACUAUGUUGAUGAAGAAGACCAUGAAAUAGAUAGAAGCAGGCCCAAACGUAUAAUUUGGAUGUGUCGGCCAAUCUGA